GUGUCUGUUGUAGAGCUGCGUAGGCCAGGUUUGGUAGAUAUUGUAGAGCUACAGAGUGUCUGUUGUAGAGCUGCGUAGGCCAGGUUUGGUAGAUAUUGUAGAGCUACAGAGUGUCUGUUGUAGAGCUGCGUGGGCCAGGUUUGGUAGAUAUUGUAGAGCUACAGAGUGUCUGUUGUAGAGCUGCGUGGGCCAGGUUUGGUAGAUAUUGUAGAGCUACAGAGUGUCUGUUGUAGAGCUGCGUAGGCCAGGUUUGGUAGAUAUUGUAGAGCUACAGAGUGUCUGUUGUAGAGCUGCGUGGGCCAGGUUUGGUAGAUAUUGUAGAGCUACAGAGUGUCUGUUGUAGAGCUGCGUGGGCCAGGUUUGGUAGAUAUUGUAGAGCUACCAGAGUGUCUGUUGUAGAGCUGUGUGGGCCAGGUUUGGUAGAUAUUGUAGAGCUACAGAGUGUCUGUUGUAGAGCUGUGUGGGCCAGGUUUGGUAGAUAUUGUAGAGCUACCAGAGUGUCUGUUGUAGAGCUGCGUGGGCCAGGUUUGGUAGAUAUUGUAGAGCUACAGAGUGUCUGUUGUAGAGCUGCGUAGGCCAGGUUUGGGAGAUAUUGUAGAGCUACAGAGUGUCUGUUGUAGAGCUGCGUAGGCCAGGUUUGGUAGAUAUUGUAGAGCUACAGUGUGUCUGUUGUAGAGCUGCGUGGGCCAGGUUUGGUAGAUAUUGUAGAGCUACCAGAGUGUCUGUUGUAGAGCUGUGUGGGCCAGGUUUGGUAGAUAUUGUAGAGCUACAGAUGAGGAGGUCACAGUUACACCAGGGUUUGGUAGAUAUUGUUAGUGGAUCAGAUGAGGAGGUCACAGUUACACCAGGGUUUGGUAGAUAUUGUUAGUGGAUCAGAUGAGGAGGUCACAGUUACACCAGGGUUUGGUAGAUAUUGUUAGUGGAUCAGAUGAGGAGGUGGUGUCAGUUACACCAGGGUUUCUCAACCUCUUGUUUUGAACCAAGGACUGAUAUUUUAAAUAAGUAACUGACAAAAGCAACAGUUCUUUAAGAACUGAGUUGGAACAGACUCACUGUCUGUCUCGUUUCCUUAUCGCUUUACUUCUAAAUAGGUAACUGACAAAACCAACAGUUCUUUCAAACUCAUAUUCUCUCUCUUGUGGCCUCGCUCAUGAUAACUGUUCUCUGUCUGUCCGUCUGUCCGUCUGUCUCCCAGGUCUUAGCAGUUUCCAGGAGAGCGUUGCUAUGGACCGGAUCCAGAGAAUAACGGGAGUCCUCCAGAACCCAAACAUGGGUGAGCGCUACGUCAGUGUCAUCCUGAAGAUGGAAGCGAUGCUCCAUAGCUGGUUUCCUCAAGUCCGAGCCCGCCGAGACCCAGACCCAGACCAGCACACUGACAGCCAGGAAGAGCACCACACUCCAGCUAAGAGACACAAGCAGUGCCAUGCCCCAGCCCACCCACCCCCUCCAGCCUCUCCUCCCAUCGUCUCCCCCCCAGAGGGUGAUCACCACCCAGCCCUGCGAGCCUCCCACGGACCUCUACCUGGCUCCUUCCCUUACUCCUCUGCCACUCAUCUCAAAUGUCUCCACACUGCCCUCAUCUGCUCCUCCAAGACAGAGACAGAGACAGCCCAGCAAGAGCCACCGGGCCUGGGCAGGCCCUCCACCGGCUGCUCCCUGGGAUCCAACCGCCCAGCCGACGACCAGGAACAGACCCAAGACGACGCGGUGUCCUCCAGCACCGACCCCCAGGUGAGCCCUGUGGACUCCCACCUCCAGACCCACCCCUACAGAGUCAGACCCCGAGCCCAUCGACAAGGGCCUCCGUCGGGGAAGAUCAGCUCGCCCUGCCUGGAGAGGCUGCUCCAGUCCAAGGAGAGCAUCAUCGCACCCAGAAACACGGGAGGUGAUGGUCGUGGUGGUGGGGAGAGCAGCCGCUCGUAACAGCUGGACCCAGACAUGGUCCAUGGAGGAGAUAAGGACUGAUCUGGGUACAGAGUUGACCCGGGAGAGGCACAGCUGUAUCUUUCCACAACAGGCUCUCCAAUACAGCAGAGGGCAAAGGUCGGUGUCUGAGCGGGGCGCGACAGUGGCUGUCUCUUUAAGAGCUGUGCGUCAUGUGAUCCAUUAUGUGAUCAUACUAGCUGCAGUAAAACACUGAGACAUGGAGGACAGGAGAUAUACUAUAGACCUGCAGUAAGACACUGAGACAUGGAGGACAGGAGAUAUACUAUAGACCUGCAGUAAGACACUGAGACAUGGAGGACAGGAGAUAUAUUAUAGACCUGCAGUAAGACCCUGAGACAUGGAGAAGAGGAGAUUUAAGAAACAAAACCAAGCUUAGUCUGUCUGCCCUCAGAAUAACAAACAAAACUAACCUUGGUUUUGUUUGUUAUCUUGAGGACAGAGAGAGAGAGAGAGAGAGAGGAGUAAAACAGAAAGGGUGUUGGGUAAAGGAGAGAAACCCCAGUCUCCAUCAGUACCUUACUUGCAGUAGCCCAUCUCUUGGUUGACAUUUAAUUUGGUGCAGUUGAGUUGGACUUAUCUGGCCUGAGGAAGUUGAGUUGGACUUAUCUGGCCUGAGGGAGUUGAGUUGGACUUAUCUGGACUGAGGGAGUUGAGUUGGACUUAUCUGGACUGAGGAAGUUGAGUUGGACUUAUCUGGACUGAGGAAGUUGAGUUGGACUUAUCUGGACUGAGGAAGUUGAGUUGGACUUAUCUGGCCUGAGGAAGUUGAGUUGGACUUAUCUGGACUGAGGAAGUUGAGUUGGACUUAUCUGGCCUGAGGAAGUUGAGUUGGACUUAUCUGGCCUGAGGAAGUUGAGUUGGACUUAUCUGGCCUGAGGAAGUUGAGUUGGACUUAUCUGGCCUGAGGAAGUUGAGUCGGAUUUAUCUGGCCUGAGGAAGUUGAGUUGGACUUAUCUGGCCUGAGGGAGUUGAGUUGGACUUAUCUGGCCUGAGGAAGUUGAGUUGGACUUAUCUGGACUGAGGGAGUUGAGUCGGACUUAUCUGGCCUGAGGAAGUUGAGUUGGACUUAUCUGGACUGAGGGAGUUGAGUCGGACUUAUCUGUCCUGAGGAAGUUGAGGGUGAUCAGAUUGAUAAAUGGUUGUAACUGGAUAGCCUGGUUACCCAUCUGGGAACAAGAAGGGUCUUAAAAAGCAGGACUAAUAACAGGAAUACUGGGAUAUGGGGUCGUGUUAUUCCGACAGCUGACAGAAUGUGAUCAGAUCCCAAAUGGACCCGUGAUAUCCACCCUGGUAGAGUAGUAUCACAUUGAAAGGUAACUAACAUCUCACUCAGCUUCUGAUGGACUCUUCCUUCAUUCAGUCCACUUGUUUUUCUUAGUUGACACAAUAACGUGACCUCAUGUUGACAUCAUGUCCACGUUGAACCAUAGAUAGGAUCAACAACAACAACGAGACAACCUGACGUCAGCCAUUCCACCUAUCAGCUUGGCCCUGACGCGACUCCCUGCUCCUCCUGUGUGACACGCCAAGGGUCACUGUGGAGACCUUGAACUACACCAAGAGAAGAUUUAUCAGGUCCCAGACAGACAGACAGACAGACAGACAGACAGACCUGGACAGUGCCUGUCAAGCAUUUCACUUGGGCUGUAAUGUGGUGAACUGAGAGAAAGAGGCGGAGAGGAGGAGAGAGCGAUGGAGAGAGAGAGAGAUGGAGAGAGAGAUGGAGAAAAUGAGAGUGCGAGGGAGAGAGAGCGAUGGAGAGAGAGCGAGAGAGCGAUGGAGAGAGAGAGAUGGAGAGAGAGACAGACAGACUAUGACAACAGAGAAAGAGAGAGAGACACAGAGACAGACAGACUAUAACAACAGAGAAAGAGAGAGAGACACAGAGAGAGACAGACUUGCUUUGGCAAUGUUAACAUAUGAAACAUAUGCAAAUAAAAUCCCUUGAAUUGAAUUGAGCGAGAGAGAGAGAGGAGACAGACUAUGAAGAUAGAGAGAGAAGAGAGAGAGAGGAGACAGACUAUGAAGAUAGAGAGAGAAGAGAGAGAGAGGAGACAGACUAUGAAGAUAGAGAGAGAAGAGAGAGAGAGGAGACAGACUAUGAAGAUAGAGAGAGAAGAGAGAGAGAGACAGACUAUGAAGAUAGAGAGAGAAGAGAGAGGAGACAGACUAUGAAGAUAGAGAGAGAAGAGAGAGAGAGGAGACAGACUAUGAAGAUAGAGAGAGAAGAGAGAGAGAGGAGACAGACUAUGAAGAUAGAGAGAGAAGAGAGAGAGAGGAGACAGACUAUGAAGAUAGAGAGAGAAGAGAGAGAGAGGAGACAGACUAUGAAGAUAGAGAGAGAAGAGAGCGAUGGAGAGCGAGAGAGAGAGAGAUACAGAGAGAGAGAGAGAUAGAGAGACAGAGAGAGACAGACAGAGACAGAUAGAGAGAGACAGAGAGAGAGAGAGAGAGAGAGAGAUACAGAGAGAGAGAGACAGAGAGAGACAGACAGAGACAGAUAGAGAGAGACAGAGAGAGAGAGAUAGAGAGACAGACAGAGAUAGAGAGAGACAGACAGAGAUAGAGAGACAGACAGAGAUAGAGAGACAGACAGAGAUAGAGAGACAGACAGAGAUAGAGAGACAGACAGAGAUAGAGAGACAGACAGAGAUAGAGAGACAGUCUUCCAUAGAGAGCCUGAGCUACAGUGUGAGGGACAAUACAACAGCCCCACUACCUCCUACCAGUCAUUUCCUGUUCUAUCCAGUUAACCAUUAACUCUGACAAUCCUUCUACACACCAGAUAAUGGCUGGGUCCCAAAUGGUGCCAUUUGGAAUGCAGUCAAUGUGUGAACAAUAUCUGACACCAGAUAACAUGUGAUGUAAACAACAAUAUCUGACACCAGAUACCAUGUGAUGUAAACAACAAUAUCUGACACCAGAUACCAUGUGAUGUAAACAACAAUAUCUGACACCAGAUACUAGAUACCAUGUGAUGUAAACAACAAUAUCUGACACCAGAUACUAGAUACCAUGUGAUGUAAACAACAAUAUCUGACACCAGAUACUAGAUACCAUGUGAUGUAAACAACAAUAUCUGACACCAGAUACUAGAUACCAUGUGAUGUAAACAACAAUAUCUGACACCAGAUACCAUGUGAUGUAAACAACAAUAUCUGACACCAGAUACCAUGUGAUGUAAACAACAAUAUCUGACACCAGAUACCAUGUGAUGUAAACAACAAUAUCUGACACCAGAUACCAUGUAAACAACAAUAUCUGACACCAGCUGCCAUGUAAACAACCAUAUCUGACACCAGAUACUAGAUACCAUGUGAUGUAAACAACAAUAUCUGACACCAGAUACUAGAUACCAUGUGAUGUAAACAACUAUAUCUGACUUCACACCAGAUACCAUGUGAUGUAAACAACUAUAUCUGACUUCACACCAGAUACCAUGUGAUGUAAACAACAAUAUCUGACACCAGAUACUAGAUACCAUGUGAUGUAAACAACAAUAUCUGACACCAGAUACUAGAUACCAUGUGAUGUAAACAACAAUAUCUGACACCAGAUACUAGAUACCAUGUGAUGUAAACAACAAUAUCUGACACCAGAUACUAGAUACCAUGUGAUGUAAACAACAAUAUCUGACACCAGAUACCAUGUGAUGUAAACAACAAUAUCUGACACCAGAUACCAUGUGAUGUAAACAACAAUAUCUGACACCAGAUACCAUGUGAUGUAAACAACAAUAUCUGACACCAGAUACCAUGUGAUGUAAACAACAAUAUCUGACACCAGAUACCAUGUGAUGUAAACAACAAUAUCUGACACCAGAUACCAUGUGAUGUAAACAACAAUAUCUGACACCAGAUACCAUGUAAACAACAAUAUCUGACACCAGCUGCCAUGUAAACAACCAUAUCUGACACCAGAUACUAGAUACCAUGUGAUGUAAACAACAAUAUCUGACACCAGAUACUAGAUACCAUGUGAUGUAAACAACUAUAUCUGACUUCACACCAGAUACCAUGUGAUGUAAACAACUAUAUCUGACUUCACACCAGAUACCAUGUGAUGUAAACAACAAUAUCUGACACCAGAUACUAGAUACCAUGUGAUGUAAACAACAAUAUCUGACACCAGAUACUAGAUACCAUGUGAUGUAAACAACAAUAUCUGACACCAGAUACUAGAUACCAUGUGAUGUAAACAACAAUAUCUGACACCAGAUACUAGAUACCAUGUGAUGUAAACAACAAUAUCUGACACCAGAUACCAUGUGAUGUAAACAACAAUAUCUGACACCAGAUACCAUGUGAUGUAAACAACAAUAUCUGACACCAGAUACCAUGUGAUGUAAACAACAAUAUCUGACACCAGAUACCAUGUAAACAACAAUAUCUGACACCAGCUGCCAUGUAAACAACCAUAUCUGACACCAGAUACUAGAUACCAUGUGAUGUAAACAACAAUAUCUGACACCAGAUACUAGAUACCAUGUGAUGUAAACAACUAUAUCUGACUUCACACCAGAUACCAUGUGAUGUAAACAACUAUAUCUGACUUCACACCAGAUACCAUGUGAUGUAAACAACAAUAUCUGACACCAGAUACCAUGUGAUGUAAACAACAAUAUCUGACACCAGAUACUAGAUACCAUGUGAUGUAAACAACAAUAGCUGACACCAGAUACUAGAUACCAUGUGAUGUAAACAAAAAUAUCUGACUUCACACCAGAUACCAUGUGAUGUAAACAACAAUAUCUGACACCAGAUACUAGAUACCAUGUGAUGUAAACAACAAUAUCUGACACCAGAUACUAGAUACCAUAUGAUGUAAACAACAAUAGCUGACACCAGAUACUAGAUACCAUGUGAUGUAAACAACAAUAUCUGACACCAGAUACUAGAUACCAUGUGAUGUAAACAACAAUAUCUGACACCAGAUACUAGAUACUAUGUGAUGUAAACAACAAUAUCUGACACCAGAUACUAGAUACCAUGUGAUGUAAACAACAAUAUCUGACACCAGAUACUAGAUACCAUGUGAUGUAAACAACAAUAGUUGACACCAGAUACUAGAUACCAUGUGAUGUAAACAACAAUAUCUGACACCAGAUACUAGAUACCAUGUGAUGUAAACAACAAUAUCUGACUUCACACCAGAUACCAUGUGAUGUAAACAACAAUAUCUGACACCAGAUACUAGAUACUAUGUGAUGUAAACAACAAUAUCUGACACCAGAUACUAGAUACCAUGUGAUGUAAACAACAAUAUCUGACACCAGAUACUAGAUACCAUGUGAUGUAAACAACAAUAUCUGACACCAGAUACUAGAUACCAUGUGAUGUAAACAACAAUAUCUGACACCAGAUACUAGAUACCAUGUGAUGUAAACAACAAUAUCUGACACCAGAUACUAGAUACCAUGUGAUGUAAACAACAAUAUCUGACACCAGAUACUAGAUACCAUGUGAUGUAAACAACAAUAUCUGACACCAGAUACUAGAUACCAUGUGAUGUAAACAACAAUAUCUGACACCAGAUACUAGAUACCAUGUGAUGUAAACAACAAUAUCUGACACCAGAUACUAGAUACCAUGUGAUGUAAACAACAAUUUCUGACACCAGAUACUAGAUACCAUGUGAUGUAAACAACAAUAUCUGACACCAGAUACUAGAUACCAUGUGAUGUAAACAACAAUAUCUGACACCAGAUACUAGAUACCAUGUGAUGUAAACAACAAUAUCUGACACCAGAUACUAGAUACCAUGUGAUGUAAACAACAAUAUCUGACACCAGAUACUAGAUACCAUGUGAUGUAAACAACAAUAUCUGACACCAGAUACUAGAUACCAUAUGAUGUAAACAACAAUAGCUGACACCAGAUACUAGAUACCAUGUGAUGUAAACAACAAUAUCUGACACCAGAUACCAUGUGAUGUAAACAACAAUAUCUGACACCAGAUACUAGAUACCAUGUGAUGUAAACAACAAUAUCUGACACCAGAUACUAGAUACCAUGUGAUGUAAACAACAAUAGCUGACACCAGAUACUAGAUACCAUGUGAUGUAAACAACAAUAUCUGACUUCACACCAGAUACUAGAUGAUGUAAACAACAAAAUCUGACUUAACACCAGGUACUAGAUACCAUGUGAUGUAAACACCAACAUCUGAUUCUAAACUGGCUCAUGUGUGAACACCAACAUCUGAUUCUAAACUGGCUCAUGUGUGAACACCAACAUCUGAUUCUAAACUGGCUCAUGUGUGAACACCAACAUCUGAUUCUAAACUGGCUCAUGUGUGAACACCAACAUCUGAUUCUAAACUGGCUCAUGUGUGAACACCAACAUCUGAUUCUAAACUGGCUCAUGUGUGAACACCAACAUCUGAUUCUAAACUGGCUCAUGUGUGAACAACAUGCACAUUGUUGAACAAUGUCUUCUGACUCGAUGGGAAGGAGUUUUUCCUUUGUCCCUUCUGACUCGAUGGGAAGGAGUUUUUCCUUUGUCCCUUUUGACUCCAUGGGAAGGAGUUUUUCCUUUGUGUAAAUAUGUUUUGGACAAUGUUCAAGGUUUAUUUACUUUACCUCCCUAAAAAGGUGGCCUUUUGUGACAUUUUUAUACUUAAUAAAAAGAAAUGUGAUGAUAUUUGUUUUUCCCUGCGAAACAAAGUGUUCUCCAUAAUGUUUUGUAUUAUAAUUUUAAUAUUCUGAUUUCAUGUUGGUUUAAUGGUUUGUAAUUUCUAAAAUCGACCACUUCCAAGACCCCACUUAUUGAUCACAGAAUAAACUGACAAGUCCGUUCUGAAGCA